UAAAAAUGAAAAGCUUCAUUUUCUCUCUCAUCAGCAUCACGAUCUUGUUCGUGAUAACGAACAACAUCCCCGUAAGCGAAGCGCAGCUUUCGACGACAUUCUACGACAGCAGAUGCCCUAACGCAGCUACUAUUAUCCGAAACUCCAUCCGAAGAGCCGUUUCACGAGAGAGGCGCAUGGCGGCCUCGCUCAUUCGCCUCCACUUUCACGACUGCUUCGUUCAGGGUUGCGACGCUUCGAUCUUAUUGGACGAGACACCUUCCAUUCAAUCCGAGAAAACUGCUUUCCCUAAUAUCAAUUCCGCACGUGGCUACGAAGUGAUCGAAGCCGCCAAGGCCGAAGUUGAACGUGCAUGUCCCGGUGUCGUUUCUUGUGCCGAUGUACUAACCCUAGCUGCUCGUGAUGCCUCCGUUGCUGUUGGUGGGCCAUCAUGGAGUGUGAGACUCGGACGAAGAGAUUCAACUACCGCUAGUCGAUCACAGGCGAACAUUGAUCUUCCGAGUCCGUUUGUCGGUCUCGAUGCUCUUAUUUCCGCUUUCGAUAUCAAGGGGCUUAAUGCAAGAGACAUGGUUGCUCUAUCUGGAGCUCAUACACUAGGUCAAGCACAAUGCUUCUUGUUCCGUGGAAGAAUAUACAGCAACGGAACCGACAUUGACGCCAACUUCGCCAAAGAAAAAAGACGAAGAUGCCCUCAAACCGGCGGCGAUUCUAAUUUGGCGGCGCUUGAUUUGGUGACACCAAAUUCGUUCGACAACAAUUAUUACAGGAACAUUGUGCAAAGAAAGGGUCUUCUCCAGACGGAUCAAAUACUUCUAAGCGGAUCGACGAGCGCCAUUGUUACCGAUUACAGCCGAAACCCUAGAACUUUCGCAGCUGAUUUCGCGAGGGCUAUGAUUAAAAUGUCGGAGAUUCAGCCCCUUGUCGGACAAGCUGGAAUCAUCAGAAGGGUUUGCAGCGCAAUCAACUAGUUCAUUCAUUAAUUAUUUAUUUAUUUACCUGGUUAUGCAAUUCAUUUUUUAUUAUUUUUAAAAUAAUUAGCUGAUAUUGAUUUCACAUAUUCUUUCAUCGUUCAAUAAUUGUAUAUUCAAUAUUUACAGUACUAUUUGUAUUUUCUUGUUCUGUUAAUUAUUCCUCC